UGGAUAUCUUGAACAUGAGGAUUUGCAUGCAGCACUGGAGAAAGAAAAUAAAUUAAUUGAUGAAUUAAGAAAACAGUCAAGAUGUCUUGAGAUGGAUCUUGCUAAGCAUGAAAGCAAGAUAUCAGACGUCAUGGGAAAUCUAUUUAAAGUUAGAGUGGAACGUGACAAACUUCAGGAGACUUAUGGUAAUGCAGAACAAGAUAACGCGCAAAGAGCAAUAAGAGUUCAACAAUUAGAAGUUGAACUGUCUAUGUUCAUUGAACUAAAGAAAAAAAGGAAAGUCGACCUGGGAGCUAGAGCAGAAGUUUGGGACAAAUUAACUGCUGUAACAGCUGAAAAUGAAUCUCUAAAUGUGUCUAUAGCUGAGAUGAAUUCAACUCUUAAUGCAACUAAUAAUGCUCUCAGAAAGAAAAGAGCUCUUCAUAGGCACCUUCUGAAAAUAAUAACUGAUUUUGCAAAAGCCCUUACAGCAAGAGGAACCUUGACUCCUAGUUUAAAAGAGAAAUUUUCUGCUUUAAAUGAAGAAUUGAAACUAGAAUAUAGCAACAACCCAGAAUUGGAAGGUAUUUGA